CCUAACCAUCAAAUCAAGGUCCACCACACCUAUUUGAAGCGGCGAAACCGUUGUUCAAUAAAUUUUCGACUGGAGGGCAUCUGGGCAUAGUGAAAACCGAUUUCCCUCCGCUCGUUUCAUUUGUCCAGCCUUUCGCGUCGGAGGACGUCCAUCCAUCGUUAUUCCCUGUCUUACCUGCUAACAGAGGUUCCUUUUGCAGAAACUGAAAUCUGGCUACAGAUUAUCAAUUUUUUACAGGUUCAUGUUUGUCUGCGAAAGAAGCGAUGGAAUCUGGGACGUCUUCUCUGUCAAGGGUAUCUCCACCGGCCAGCACUGGGAAAGAAAGAUGUCGUUUCUUGCACACGUUUGCAGUUUCGAUGCUAUCCAUAGCUCACAGAGCUUACAUAAAAGCGGAGGAAUUCGGUGGCCCAAUAGGCUCCUUGACACACAAACUAGCUGGACUGACUGCCCCAAUUGCCUACAUAUUGCAAUGCCAAUGGCUAGUAAUCCUAGGCUUCUUGGACGACCAUAUCCUGGCAGUCGAGAACAGAGUAGAGACUCUCUUCCCCCCAUCGGCCUACUUGUUCGACCAGAUUGAUGCACUCGCCCAAAGUACAGUGUGCCUACCCGAGAAAUUCGAUGCUGUCGCCGACCAAUUACCAGCAAUGCUCCAUCGCUUACCGUUUCUAGAUUGCGCAUUGUCCCAGAUGAAAUGGGGAUUCAAUUUUGUGAUGUCCACAUUGACGGAUUGGGGGAAUGACAAAGUAAAAGAAAAGGAGAUCAGGGUUGACAUCAACUGCAUGGAUAGGGCGAGUGAAGCGGCACCAUCGUAUGACAAAACACAGACCACCACAAUAGAUGCCAGCAGCAAUGCGAAAGAUGAGAAUGAGGUGAUCCAUGUUAAACACAAAGAGCAGACUAGUUCAACCGAAGAAUUCCCUUCAAUUGUUAAGACCCAACAAACCAAAAGCAAGAGCAGCUCUGCAAUAGACAAAAUGGUGGUUCAUGGUGGUGAGAACGGUAAGAAACAAGUGAAGAGCACUUACAAGGAUAUUCUGGAAAUGGGGAAGCAAGGAAAUGAGGAGCAGAAGAAGGAAUAAGGUAGGAAGGAGAUAAAGAAACAGAAAAAGAUGAUUGGCAAGGACACGGAAGGGAGGGAAGGAAUGAAAGGCAACGAGUGUCCAAUAUUCGAGCUGUUUGAGGAAGGGUGGCUCAUGCCAUUGUCAGGAAUGGGUAUUGGUUAAAGAAUUAAUGUCAUAGUUGGGGCUGGGGCCUUAAUGCCAAUUGGCAAUUGCCAAGCUUGCUUGUAAAUUCAAUUGUUAUUCAUUAGUGUACAUAAUUACAUAAAUGUUAUAUUCUGAUUCAACUUUUUAUAGCCUGUACGUGAAGCCGAGGCAAGAGUAAAGAUCUCUGUGAAAUUAGAGAAUUGGGUUUCAAUUCCAAAUACAUGUCAUCCGAAUAAAGGUAAGAGCUCUUACCAAAAGUAAAGAACAGUUUUUUUUUUGGUAAUAAAAUGAAACUUAUUGAAAGAAGAAGAAACUGAUACAAGAAAGGUAACCGGUGAUCAGUCAAGAGGAAGAAAAACUAUAGACCCAACUGAUGCCAUCGAAAAGUGGUGAAGUCUUUGGAUGAGCUCGGCCGUAUCCUGUAUGAGAAAAUAAGGUCAGAGGGCCGGAGGUGAUAUCCCGUGCUUGUAACUCUAACGGUCAAGUCAAUACUGAGUAAUCCGGAGGUGGUGGAGAAUUCAGAUAUUCAUAAUCAAUUGAAUGCUCACCUGCCCCUUAAAUAAGCUUUGGUAUAGUAUACCUGUUAGGAUGCAUACGUGUUGGGCAGAUGUAGGACACCUGUCAUAGCUUGAGACACCUUAUUUUGCCUUGGUGGAGCUUGGGUAAGAUACCUGGGGCUCUGCCAAGACACCUGUUAUUCGAGCUCAGUCACAUAAUGCUGGGUCCGAACACCUAUGGCCUGGUUCAGGCCAGCUGGUAUCUGCUUGAGACACCUGGGAUCCGACUCAAGCACCUGGAGCUUAAUCAGUGCUACCUGUUUUGCCACCUACAACAUGCAUUAGCCACCUGGUGUAUAGUUGUGACAUGUAGUGGUGAUCUGUAUUCCAUGUCUUCAGUGCAUGUAGUGGGCCCGAGAUCGGUUACCUGGCAGAUUCACCUUACGUGUUGAUGGCCUUGUUACAUGUACCGUCAGGUGGUCACUUGAUGGCCAAGUGUCAGAGUGUGGAGAUCUCCUGAAAGGGAGCUCAUCUCACUAGGGAAGAACUCUCCCAGGUGGAACCUCGUCUCGAUAGGGAGAUCUCUUCAGGGGUCGGAGGUCGAUGAAGCCCAUAUGUACGAGUUGAGCUGAGGAGUCCGAGGUGAUUGUCAUCCUUUGAGACAAAGGCAAGACGAUGUUCUUCGAGUUGAAGGCUAGGUCGUCGGUUCACCCAAACAUGCCACAUGUUCGAUAAUUCUUAGGUCGGAUUCACACUCAUCAACCCAAUAAACCAAGAGAAUCUGAUAUUCAUGUUCAUAUUCCUUUUACAUACUCUAGUAGCAAUUGCAUAUUUAGUUAUUUACAUGGACUAGAGUAUUAGAACAUCUAUUUACAUGAACAAAAAGAUAGAUAACAAAACCAGUCAACAGAUCAUGUAUUGCUCCCAAAUAUUUCGUCUGCCCAUGUUAUAUCAGAAAGUAGUAACUUAUAAUAUAUCCACUAUAGCUCUUGCAUCAGAAAACAGAACAGCUUCUGGUGUUCCCACUUGUGCAGAAACUAGACCCUGAAGCAUAGCCUGUUAUUCAGCUUGUCUAGCAUUCAUAGCUUUGCAUAACUGUUCCGGAGCUGCAAUCAUCCUAUCAGUACUAUCCAAUAAGAUAAGCCCACCAGCAGCUCUAUUUAACAGCAAUCAACUCCUCAGGCUUCAGCAUUUUGUUUUUAUAUAAUUUAAGAUUUCUGGCAGCCCAAAUAAGCAUUACUGCCUUAAGAGUGAUUGCCAUAUAUUCCAUUUACCUUCUCUACUGAGACUUAGUCAUGGACUGCAGUAACUGUUGUUGCCACUAAGCAACAAUUCCGGGGAGCAGUUCCUUUUGUGCCAUGUUUGGUUUGAAGGAAAAGGUAGGGAAAUGUAGGGAAACUUAGGAAAUCUUCCUGGGUAAGUCCCAUUGUCAUUGUCCUAACUAGAGACCCAACGGUAUUGCUCUGGAGUAAGAACAAGAGAAGAGAUUAUUGAAAUCUUCCUUUUUCUGUUCCACAAAAUAGACAGAGCUGACCUUGCAAUUUGAGAUACUUCAUCUUAUCUUUUGUCUAAACAGUUCCCCACCAAUUUGUCCUCCACAGAAAUACCUGAAACCUGGGGGGAAUUUUUAAAUUCCGUAUUUCCUCCAGUUAAUGUUUGUGGAGGGGGACGCUGAAGGCCCAGCUCAUGAGAACACUUCAUAUCUCAAUUUGACAGUGUAUUUAUGAGACCUUGCAUGUUUCCGUAGCAGUUGCUUUAUCCGGAAUUACUUUACUGGCAUGAUACCAUCGGCAGAUUCACUGUCAAACAGAUUCUAAAUAAUAAAUAGUGUCUUCAUUCCAUUACCUGAACCCCCCGGAGAUUCUGUGUUCAUGCUGGGAGAAGGUUUUACCUUAUUCUCUUGGACAUCAAAUCAGCCCCCCACAAGAUUGCCCCCGAUAAUAUAUCUUCGCCGUGUAUUGAGAACAUCUGUCAAUGAUAAUUUCACAAAUGAUAAUGUCAUCAUUGGCCCCCUGUCCGCAAGUCUUCCUGUAACUUUUCUAUUUUAGUGUUUAUGCUUUUGGGUCAAAUUAUUGCUCCCGUUGGAUUAGGCCUUUCUUCUAGGAGAAAAAGUAAAAACGCCGGCCUCGAACCCACGACCACAAGGUUAAGAGCCUUCCGCUCUACCGACUGACUUAGACGGGCUUUACAAACAACCUCAACAAACUUAUAUAUGCCAAGCCGUACAAAGUUGCAAAAGGGUGCCAAAGGAUCGAUAAUUGACAAAUUACCUCCUGAUAUACCUAACGGGUCUGCGACACGUGGGGAGGGAUGGAAGAUAGGCCUGAAUUCUAAUAAAUCUGGAUUGGGCCAUAAGGCCUAUAAUCCUCAAUACGAAGGCAGAAUCCAGAACUAAAUUGAGAGCUCAAUAAUAUUAGGUUGACUAAGAGGUUGGAAAAGAGAGCUUGCAUCAAGCAUCAGCAUUGACCAUUUGUUAUGUACCUCUUCUCGUUGAGGCUAGGGUUUCCCCGAGCAAUGGUGGAAAAUACCGCUCAAAGGGAAAGAUGUCGUUAGCCAUCGAGGAAACGAGACCCAGGUAAUUUGAAUUCAAGAUAGGGAAACUGUUUAAAAUUUAUCAUAAGUUUUUAAUAUUUCUCUUAAAUUCAUCACAAC